AUGACAGUGGUGUCAAAACCACAAGUCUCCCACAAGAAAGCCGUGGCUGUCUGUCUCAAAGGCCUGGACUAUCAGGUCAGUUUUUUUGAAAGUUUUUCUAUUUCGAUGAUCAGUUCCGUUUUUCUAAAAAAUAUUUUUCCCCGGACAGCAGCGAAAAAAAAAAUUCUAGACGGACUUUGCACUGCGGCUUCUGGAAUGGUUCGAGGCGCAGUUUCUAUUCGGCGCAGACACAAUCGGAGUUUACACUUACUUUCUCGGGCCAUCCACUCGCAAAGUAUUGGAGCACUAUGAACGCGAAGGGAAAAUCUCUGUGGUUAGUCGUUUUUCCUCAACAAACCUUCUACUCUAUUGUGAGACCUCAUAA